AUGGCGAACGCUGCACGAUACAAUAUGGGCUCAAUACGUCCGGCUGUCAUUGGCAUGGGUCGAGUCUUUGGUGCAAGCUUAACGGCUGUCUCUGCCUUUCCAGUCGACACCAAGGGCCACCAUGACGCUGGCGAAGAGGGCGGUUCCAGCCUCUGGGUCCUCGCUGUUGCUUCAAUGGUUCUGGUUCUUCUUGGUGGUGCUUUUGCUGGAUUGACAAUUGCGCAAGUUUUAUCGGGCGAUCCCGCGGAAUCGCAGUCUAAGAAUGCGAAACGUGUGUUGAAAUUGUUAAAACGAGGAAAGCAUUGGGUUCUAGUCACACUGCUGCUAUCAAACGUCAUUGUCAACGAGUCACUUCCCGUUGUGCUGGACCGAACUCUUGGUGGAGGUGUUGCUGCUGUCGUUGGCAGUACUGUUCUCAUCGUUAUUUUUGGUGAAAUUGUUCCCCAGUCCAUCUGCGUUCGAUAUGGUCUUCCCAUCGGCGGAUACAUGUCUACCCCGGUUCUUCUUCUCAUGUAUCUUACCGCUCCCGUUUCUUGGCCUAUCGCGAAGCUUCUCGACUGGAUUCUGGGCGAGGAUCAUGGCACUUUGUACAAGAAGAGCGGACUCAAGACGCUCGUCACCCUCCACAAGUCUCUGGGUGAGAUUUCCGAGCGAUUGAACCAGGAUGAGGUUACAAUCAUCACAGCUGUUUUGGACUUGAAGGACAAGCCCGUUGCUGAAGUUAUGACGCCCAUCUCUGAUGUUUAUACGCUUGCCGAAGACCACAUCCUCGACGAAAAGACCAUGGAUGAUAUUCUUUCUUCCGGAUACUCGCGAAUCCCUAUCUAUCGCUCUGGAAACCACUUGGACUUUGUUGGCAUGCUUUUGGUCAAGACGCUCAUCACCUACGACCCUGAAGAUAGAAUUCCGGUCCGCGAUGUGCCUCUCGGUGCAAUUGUCGAAACACGCCCUGAGACCAGCUGUCUGGACAUCAUCAACUUCUUUCAAGAGGGCAAAUCGCACAUGGUGCUGGUAUCGGAAUUCCCCGGCUCAGACCAUGGUGCCCUAGGUGUUGUUACUCUUGAAGAUGUGAUUGAGGAAUUGAUUGGAGAGGAAAUUGUUGACGAAUCCGAUGUCUACGUCGAUGUACACAAGGCUAUCCGACGUCUUACUCCCGCACCCCGAGCCCGCCGAAUUCACGCAACUGCUGCCGCUGCCGCUGCAAUGGCCACUAAGAAGGCCCCAGGAGACUCUAUUUUGGUCGACGUUGAAGAACACUCGGAGGAACACCCUCCCAAUGUCGAGACUGCCUCUUUCCACAGCAAUUACGAAGGGGGAUUCCACAAUUCUGCCAAGACUGCCAUUCACAUGAAGCGCCGAACCUCUGACGGUGGCAUAGAAGGCACCCCAGUUGUUGUGAAGGCUAGUCUGGAUGAAAUGAGGUCUCAACUUCGUCUUGGACCUGCCAACCGAGCUGCGAACCCUCGCAGCAAUACCCGCAGCCUCUUCAAAAUCAAACAAGGUCUCGGUGCGAACCAUACGCCCCCCAACGAUGGCUCAAGACCUGCCCAACCGCGCGCUGCAUCCCACAUAGGGUUCACGAGUACUCACGGACAAUCGCAGGCGCGGACUCAGGGGCAUGAACGGACACCAUUAUUAGCUGAGGAGCACGAAGAAGCUAUUGACGACGACAAUGAUGACCGCGGUCGCAAAACAAAUGGUCGGCAUUAG